CUAUCAACCGGUCUACAAACAGUAAUUAACUAUACUUAUCGAAUGUUGCUCGACUUCACUGAUAUAUGACUAGGUACUAAGUUCUAGAUCUAGAUACGAACACGAACAGUUUGAAAUAAAAAAUCAUGGGGACCGGUAGCACGUUGUUCGCUAUUUUAAUAGUCGGUUUAGGAGUUUUUAGUUACGUGAAAAUCAAACCAAUUUUCGAUGUUCCGGAAAAACCUGAUCUAGGCGAGCCAUGGUGGAAAGUAUCGAAGCCAACCAAAGUUGAUACAAGCAUUAGACCGUUCAAAAUUCAAGUAUCCAAUGAGAUUUUAAAAGACCUCAAAGACCGACUAGACAGAGCCCUGCCAUUCCAAAAAUCUCUAGAAGGCGUUAAACAACAUUAUGGUAUGAACGAUAAACUUUUAACGAGCAUCAUCGAUUUCUGGAAAACGAAAUACAACUGGACUCAGAGAGAAAAGAUCCUAAACCAAUAUCCCCAAUUUAAAACCAACAUUCAAGGAUUGGAUAUCCAUUACAUCCACGUCAAACCAGCACAAACUCAAGGAAUUAAAGUUUUGCCUCUAUUAAUGGUCCACGGUUGGCCAGGCUCAGUAAGAGAAUUUUACGAGAUCAUUCCGAUUUUAACAACGCCGAAGAAAGGACAGAACUUUGUUUUCGAGUUGAUUAUACCAAGUUUGCCAGGUUAUGGUUUCUCCGAAGCUGCCGAAGUUCCCGGAUUGAACACUCACCAAAUGGCAGUAAUUUUCAAAAACCUGAUGACCCGCCUAGGUUUCGAAAAGUUCUACGUUCAAGGCGGAGAUUGGGGAGGAAUUAUAGUUUCCUCUUUGGCUGUAUUUUUUCCAGAAAAAAUAAUUGGAAUGCACUCAAAUAUGUGUUUCGUUAACACACCCUUAUCGAAUAUUAAAUUAGCUUUGGGCAGUUACUAUCCCUCUUUAAUUAUCGAAGAGGAACAUCAACAUUUGGUUUAUCCAAGAAUGGAAAAAAUAGGAAAUUUGUUUUUGGAAACUGGAUAUUUACACAUUCAAGCUACUAAACCAGACACUGUUGGUGUCGCCCUACGAGACAGUCCAGUAGGUCUAGCAGCUUACAUUCUUGAAAAAUUCACAACUUGGACCAAUCCCGAUUGGAAAGAUUUAGAAGAUGGAGGACUAACAAAAAAAUAUAAAAUGGAAAAUUUACUAGACAACAUUAUGAUUUACUGGGUAACCAGAUCUAUUACCACAUCCCAAAGACUUUAUGCAGAAAGCUUUUCUAAGGCAACUAUGAGCUUACAAAUUGAUAGUAUCCCAACGGAUGUUCCAAGUGCAUGUGCCGCUUUUAAACAUGACUUAACCCUUAUACCACCAUCUUUAUUGAAAGAAAAAUACACAAAUUUGCUUCAAUCGAACAUUCUAGAUGGCGGCCAUUUCGCCGCAUUUGAAGUACCUCAAGUAUUAGCUACAGACGUUUUUGAAUUCGUGACAAAAGUAGAAAACUUGUCACAAAAACCAAAAUCAAGCCCCACAAAUUAGUUGUUGUUGUUAGUUUUUAAAUUGUUUUUGUAAUUAUACGUUUUAGGUAUUUUUUGUUUUU